UUUUAGAAUUUUUAUUCAGUUUUUCUAAUGGUUUGCACUUCUAGAGAUAUUUUUGUUCGUCAACAAGCAGCAUUGCCUCGAUCAGAUGAAUCAUUUGAAAAAUCAAUUCUUUUACUUUUAGAAAAGGGACCUGGCAGUCGAAAUAAACUCAAACUCUUCUUAGAAUCCAAUCUUAAUCGUUUUAUGGAAAAGGAGGUUUUAUUAUAUCUUAAUACUUAUUAG